AUGUCCCGUAAAGGAAGAGGUUAUCGAGAUUCACAAUCAAACGUCCCGGGUUAUAAUACUCGAAACACAAGAGGAUCCGUAGCUUCCUCAGAAUAUUCACAACCAAGUCCUACGGAUACAGCAGGACAUUAUAGAACAGGUAGUCAAACAGAUCAGUAUGGUAAUUAUCGUAGAGAUACUGCAGGCACUCCAGCACGAGGUUCAUUUGAUGUCUAUAGUGAUUUUAAUAACCGUGCACCCGAUGAUUUUGAUGAACGUGCACGAAUGAAUUUACCAGUGAAAGAAGAAGAAGAUACCUUGAAUAAUGCAUCAGAUACUCUGGAUUCGGCAGGAGGAACAGGCGGAAUCCUAAGAUCCAAUUCCAAUCAAAUCAAUCCCGAAUCUCUCACUAAACCGAAACAGCGAAAGCGUUGUUGCUGUUGUUCUAGACGAAUUUGUGUCUUUAUCGUCUUUUUUAUUCUCGUGGCUUUGGGAAUUACAUUAUUUUUUGUGUGGCCACGUAUUCCUGAACUUCAAAUUUUAGGUGCAAAAGCUGAUGGAACGCCAAACAUUAGUGUUGAUCCUCCAUAUAUCAAGAUGAAUUUCAGUAUUACUAUUGAAAUAAAAAAUCCAGAAAACUGGGUUCCGAUAAAAUUUAAUAAGAUUGAGGCGCAGGUUUAUGAUUUAAAUACCAUUGCUAGCUAUGAUCGUCCAAUAGCAACUGGUAUGAUUACAAAGUAUUCAUUACCACCACGUCAAACAUCAACUCUCGACUUUCCCAUCGAGGUAGAUUACGUUGGUAAAGAUGUAAAUGAUGCAACUAUACAGGACUUCCUAUCGGCAUGUUUGCCAUCACUAACAGGCGGCAAAGCCACAACCUUGAACAUUCGUGUUGAUGUUAAAUUGCAUCCGUGGGCGAUUAGUUGGAUAAUUAAACCAGAAAUCACCAAGCAAAUUUCUGAUCUAGUAGACUAG